AGCACAAGAACUUGCCAGUCAAGAAGAAAAACUUCUACUACUGGAAUCCAGCUUGAAAGCAACUCAAGAGCAGCUAAGCGAGCAAAUAGCUGAGACCGUUCGCCAAGAACAGAACAGCAGAAAAUACCAGACAGACCUGAAGAUCCUUAAAGAACGACUCACAGCUACGGAGGAAGAAAAUAGUAAAUACAAGAAAAUGCUUGAAAUUGUGAAAACUGAUUUAACAACAUUAAAAGACCAGCACCAACUUGCAGUUCAAGAGACACUACAACUUCAGCAAGCCAAUCACAUGUAUGAAAUGGAGAUGGCUUCUGUACGAGAAAAUGCCCACAACCUACAGCAGCAGGCUCAGAACUAUGAAGAACUUGUGAAAGGUUUACGGGAAGAGCUGAACCAAGGGCAACACCGACAGCAAGAUGAGCAAAACCAAGUAGAAGAAAUGAGAAGGCAGACUGUGAAUAUGGAAACUGAAAUGGAGAGACUGAGGUCGAGAAAUAAGAGUGAUGCUCAAAAGAUUGCAGAGCAAGAAAAGCGGCUGAUAAAAUUGGAGGAUGAGAUUCGCCAACUGCAAGAAGAAAACCGCUCCACUCAGAGUGAUUUCUUACAGGCACAAGCACAGAUGAAAAUUCUCCAUCUAAACCAUUCCAUUGCAGAGAAACAAAUUAAGCAUUACACGACACAGGCUGAAUUUGAUGAGGAAACGAUAGCGAAACUGCGGGAAGAUUUGGAACAGUCAAAGAAACGAUGCAGAAAAAGUACAAAAAGUCUGGAGUCUGCCGAGCAGAACAUUUAUGAUUUAAACUUGGAAAUGACUUUAUUACAAGCAAAUCACAAACAGACAGUUGAACAGCUAAAUGAAAAAAGCAAAGAGAACUCUGCGAUCACCUCUGAAGUCAACAGCCUUCAUCAACAGAAUAAGAAGAUCAGGGGGGAACUUUCCAGGUUAAAACUCAAGCUGGAACCGGCCAACGCUGACAUAAAAAAGCUUCAGCAUGGAAACCAAAGUACCAAGCAAGAGAUGCUCCCUAUAGCGCUCCCGGGGUCAUACUUCAGGACCCUCGCCAGGAUAACCUCUACCUAUAUCUGGCAGCACCGCACUCCUAGGAUAUCGGGUCGGGUUCUAGCUAGGACCCGUCAGAACGGGGGACUGGCCCUUCCUGAUUUCCGACUCUACCAUGCAGCUGCCCAGAUGGUACGGGUGGUGGACUGGGUGUAUGGGGGCCUGGGAAAGAGUUGGGUGCCCUUGGAGACUGCGGCCAGCGGAGCUCCCCUGUCUGAGGUGAUCUGGUUACCCCCUAAAUGGAGACCUCUGAGCUCGACCACCUUACCUCUGACCGCCUCCACGUUGCGCACCUGGGACCGCUUGCACCGCAGAUACCGAUGGCCCCACAACUCAAUCCUCAUGCCCCUGCAGGGCUCUGACUACUUCCCACCGGGGAAGGAAGACGGAUCCUUUGCACAAUGGACGGACUCCUCUACCCUGAAAUUGAGCGAUGUAUUACAGGGUGAUACCUUACUCUCCUUAGCCGACCUGGGGGCCCGCUGGGGAAGGGUGCCCCUGGAUUCCUGGAAACACCGCCAGCUAUCUCACUUUAUAAGUUCUGUACCAAAACCACUCAGAAGACCCCGAGAUUUUACUUACUUUUGA